UGGUCCGAGUAUCCCGCACACAGAGGCGCUCGGCUGGUCUGCCUAAACGGACCCGUUCCUGCCUUUUGAACACUGAGCACGCUUCUGAGGCUGGAGUUGGCUUCUCUGUGAGCAGCACUGAGCUGGGGAGGAAAGCAGUCUCCGGGUGUUGGGAGUCACAGUGUCAGCAGGUGUGGGCCUGGCAGGGGAGUCAGAUCACAGCUGGGAGACUGUGAGCCAUGGUGGUGGCCUUCGGUCUGGAUGCACAGGCCAGCUUGCUCCAGGGAUGGGGCUCUGCUCCCCAGCCAGCCCUCCUGCUGCAGAUGUGAUAGGAAACUUGCUUCCUGUUGGGUUCUCAGGCCCUCGUCUCAGCAGGGGGCUUGGUGGGUGCCCACCAGCAACGUUCUGGAUUCUUGCCCAGUGUGCCCCUUGCUUCCUCAGACGAGGCACCGCAGGUGUUCUCUGCCUGGUGCCUGUGAAUUCCGCCGGCAGGAGCACUUCUUCCAGAGCCGCACCCCUGAGAAAUCCUCCACUUUCCUGUGCUGUGUGGAAGAGGCCAGUUUUCAUUUGGAACUGAAAUCUCAGCUCCUGCCAUUAGGUUCCAAGGCCACAUGACUCACCAGUGUCCUUGAAGCUGUAGUUCCACACGAGGCCUGAUGUGUGAGACUGAGACCGAUCCUGGGUGUUGGCUGCUGCCACAGAUCCCAUCCUGAAAACUGCGCAGCAAAGCUUCGUGUGUGAUGACGUCCCAGGAAAGAGGACAGGUGCACCAUUCUGCCCCAGCACAGGGGGAUGCCAGACCUCAAUCACAGGUGGCUGGUGCAGGGAGGAGAGCUCUCUGUUUCCCAGGACCUUGACCAGCGGGAGAUGUGGACCCUGGGAUGCUUCUCUGCUCAGCUUUCUCAGGUGAAGGUCUAUUCUGAGGGAAGGACAUUAAUGACAGUCACUGCUAACUUGGAGGACAGAGUGAGGAAGAUCAACAAACGUGUCCGGGCUAAAACCAAGAUCCCAUGCAGACUGUUGCUGGGCUCCAAGAUGCUGAAGCCCCAGAGGAAGCUGUCGUCUCACGGCAUUGACAAGGAUAUGACUGUCCACCUCACUCUGAAGGUGGUGAUGCCCAGUGAUGAGGAGCUGCCGGUGUCUCUGGUGCAGUCACGUGAUGGGGGACAGAGGCACCUCCUCCAGGUGCGAAGGUCCAGCUCAGUGGCCCAGGUGAAACAGAUGAUCGAGACUAAGACCACGAUCGCACCUGAGCAACAGAUUGUGACUUGCAAUGGCAAGAGGCUUGAAGACGGGAAGACCGUGGUGGAUUACGGCAUCAGACGGGCACUUCACUCUAGCUGGCAGACUACUGCAUUGGGGGGUGAGCCUGCUGUUAGCUCCUACUCUUCCCACAUCCUUUGA